AUGGCACAGUCUCGGCUUCUUUCCAGCUCGACAGAGAGGUAUCUUUUGUCUGCCGAAGAUGAUGAAAUGAGGACACAGAUUGACAAACUGUGGCAGGAAGUCAAAUCCCUGAAAGAGAUGCAGGCACUACAAACAGUUUGCCUGCGUGGCAUCAAAGCCCACAGGAAAUGUUACCUGGUUUCUGAGCAGGCCAAGCACUACCAUGAGGCCAACGAGGACUGCAUCGCACAGGGAGGGACCCUGGCCAUACCUCGAGACAUCAACCAGAACGACGAGCUCACAGACUACAUCAAACGCAGCUCACCCGCAUCCAAUGAUUUCUGGAUCGGCAUAACAGACAUAGUGAAGGAAGGCCAGUAUGUGGAUGUGAACAGCCUGCCUGUCACUUUCUUCCACUGGGAUCGUUCCAAGAGAGAGCCCACCGGAGGGAAGAGAGAGAGCUGUGUCGCGCUUUCGCUGGCAGCACAGGGAAAAUGGCAUGACGAGGUCUGUCGCUGUCAGAAAAACUACAUCUGUGAAUAUCUGAUCCCAUGAUGUGCAUCAAACAUGACAUAAAGAUGCUUGUUAAAGAUUG